CCACACGCGCUCACGGAGAACUUCUGACUUGAGUUUUUUUGGGACUACCAGCGGGAUCUCCAGCUGUCUCUUUCUCACGUUUGGAGCCUAGUUUUCUUUAACUUUUUACCAAAUUUCCAUCCACAUUUUCUGUCGAACCGCACUCACAUCUGUUUAAUCCCGCAGUCCAAACUCGAUUCUUUUCAUGUGAGAGACUUUGAUCCACUCCUGAACAGCAGCCUGCAAACCCACCUGUCCGACGAACAGUCCGUCUGCAUAUUGACAAUCGGAGCGGAGGAGAGACCCACAGUGACCGAAGAGACCUAACCAGACCGGGGGGCAGCCAUGUUGAUCGUCCUAGCCUUCAUUAUCCUUUUCCAUCUGGCUGGAGCCAUCGUGCUGUUUGUUGCCACCAUUCACAAUGCAUGGUGGGUGGUGUCGCCAGCUGGACGUGACGUAAUCUACACCGAUUUGUGGUACUCCUGCAACUCCACCUGCUACCCGGUGGAAAACAGUCACACUACUGAAGCAGCCUAUCUGCAGGCAGUUCAGGCCUCCAUGAUCCUGGCAAGCAUCUUAUGCUGCGUCAGCUUCUUCGUCUUCAUCCUCCAGCUCUUCAGGAUCAAACAGGGAGAGAGAUUCAUUUUCACAGCCAUCAUCCAGCUUUUGGCCUCUCUCUGUGUGAUGAUCGCUGUGUCCAUCUACACGGCGGAGAAAAAGAGCUUUCACGUCGCCAGUCUCCGGGAUGGUUCCUACGGCGCCUCGUAUAUCCUGGCGUGGAUCAGCUUCCCCAUGACUCUAAUCAGCGGCCUCAUGUACCUGGUGCUCAGGAAACGUAAAUAGACACAGUAGGCUGAUUUAGAGGCUUUUCAAAUGUUUCACUUGGAACUGUGACAUGUAUGCAUUCAAACAAUAUUUCUCAAUGAAUGUUCUUUUCUAACUCUUAGAUUUUUUUUUUUUUUUUGCUUUACAAUUUCAUAUUUCAAGGUCACAUUUUCAGCCAGUUUACAUUGAAAAACAUUCAGCGACACAUUUUUUUGUCCCUUGCACACAAAAAAAAAACAAAAAAAAACACAUUGCUAUAUGCUUUUCCUCUUUUUGACAUCUCCUGGUACAUUUGUUUUGCAGAAUUAUAGUCUUUAGAAUGGCAAGGCAUUGUAAGUGUUAUCAGGGCUUUUUUUCUGCUGCUGUGCAUGAUGGCCACUGAAACAUGCUUCUUCAGUCACAUUUGCCCUGCGGUGAAAAGCAUAGUAUUACAUUUGACAGCUUGGUACAUUUGCAAGAUCAAUUAAUUCAUACAAACCUGAGGUCAAAUCGACUCGGUGCAAAUGCACGUUAAAUAUGCCUCACUGCUUUGACUCACAUUGAUGCCUUGGUCGGUCAAUAAAAAAGGCUUUUUGCUGAUUUAAUAGAAAACAUGGCUCCACUGUCACUGUCCUUUCUGCACAAACACAAGACAUAAGUUCAGUUCCAAGACACUGAACUUUUCUUCUCGUCUUGUGUUUUUGUCUUCUGCUUCUGAUCGACUCCAAACCGGAGCUUUUUAUGAGAAUAUUAAGAUCUGAAGGAUAAAAAUUAAAGAGAAGUGCCUUUAACUAGAACGUCGGCCCUGGACUUCCUGACGGUUCCACACGUCUUGUCAAGCUUUAGUAAACAGAAUUUAUUUUGUACAUAUUUGCUGUGUAUGUAUAGUUCAGGUUGGACACAAGUCAGAAAAUCAUAUAAAAAAAAAAAGCAAUGAGUUCAAAGUUAACCCUAGCAUAGAGGAUGUGUAGUGAAGUUUUAGUUUCAAUAUAAUAAGUAGGAUUUUAACGCUUUUGUUUGUAUUCUUUUGUUACUGACUUGUGUUUUCUUGGUGGAAAAG